AUGUCUGAGACACUCCACGAUCACCGUCAUGGGGACGACGCAAACAAGUUGAGGAAGAAGAAGAAUAAGAAGAGGAAGAGAAUGGGCACUUUGGAAGGUUCGGGAUCUCUCUUCCACCCAAGCCACGCAAACGCAAACGCCGUGCCGAAGUGCAAAAAGUACAAGACGCCCCACGAAAUGGAACGACAUACUCUGCCCCAACAACUACCAUCGCCCUCGACGCCGACCCAGUCAAUCGUCGAACCUGCUGCCAGUCUGGAACUGACCGAACGAUCGGACGCGUACAGUAUGGCUAUCCAUACUAGCACGCACCCGAACAUGCGUCCAUCAUUGAAGUCCACGAGACCAAAGCCCCCAGCAAGCACACAGAAUUGUACGCCUUCGAAAUUGGCCAGCAACACAUCGCCAAUAAAGUCGCAGCACGAUGCUCCAGCUUGUCAACGAUCACCCUCUCCUGAUGUCAAGCUCAUCUCUGAGCGGUCCAUCUUUCAACAUGCUCAAAAGGCAAUGAAUCAUGCUCAAGAGCGGUACAUGAAAUUGAAGGAGGAGCUGCAGAGUAUGAGAACAGCGUCUGAGAACGCCGAGAAGGAACACGAGCAAGAGAUCACAAAGUUUAGGACUAAGGUCACUACACUCGAAGCAAAGACCGUGUCGCUAGAGAAGGACAAUGAUAKGCUGGUUAGCGAGAACUUUGCCUUGAAGGAAGCAAAGAAGGAGUUGAAACGGGUCAGCGAUACAUCAAGGCUUCACAACUUCAAACAGGACAAUGCACUGCGAAAUUUCAAGAACAAUAGCGAUGUGUUGAACAAACGCAAGACCGAACUCGACAAGCAAAUAGAUGCACAAGCCACGACAAUCGCGGGGUUGGAGACGACAAAUUGCUCGUUGAUCUUCAAAUACGAUACGGCCACAGCUGAGGUUGCAGCGUUGAAAGGGAAACUCGAUGAUGUGAUCAGUGAAUCUGAGGCUCGCAAUGAACAAAUCUCUACUCUAAAGAAUUUAGAAUCUGAUCUAACAUCAGAAAUUAAAAAGUUGACAGCCAAUGAGCAACUUCUUCGCGCUGGCAAGAACGCUCUGAGCAAGGACCACGACAAGCUCAAACAAGAUAUCAGCUCACUCCAAAGUGAUCUCGACACAAGCAAAGCUGAGAAUACGAAACUUGAAGAGACACUAGCCACAAAGGCGACUGUGGUUGAGGAGUACAGGACUCAGAUCAAGGGGCAACAGUGGCGCAUUGCUGAGCUUGAGUCGGCCGACCAAGUGAACUUGAAACAAAUUCUGGAUUUGAGAUCCGAGAUUGAUCAGAGUAAGCUUCUUCUGGAGAAGCAGAACACUGAGAUCAAUGAAUCCCGGGAUCUCUAUGGGCAACGCGUUGAAGAGAAGAAUGCUAGGCUGGCCAUUCUGGAGCAGAAUCUGAAAACCAUGCGCACGACACUAGACGCAGAUGCAGAUACACGCGAAGGCGAAAACAACCAACUGCGCAAGGAUAUCAUGGCGUAUACUGGCAAGCUUGCAAUUUCGAAGAACGACUGCGCCAGACUUCGCAAGAAGGUUGAGGAUGCAGAGACAUCUGCUAGGCAUUGGGCUGCUCAAAUCGAGUCUCUUCUCAAAAAGGCGAAGAGCCUGACAGCAGAGCGAGACGCUGCUGUACAGCACGCGCAAAGCACUUUGCACGCCGCUGCAGAGAGGGAGGUUUUAGCAGGCCAUCGAUCAGCCACAACUGCAACCUCGCCCAUCCGCCUCGCAAGGGAUGCCUUUAGCGACGAGGACCGACGCAUUCUGUACAAGGCCUACGAGGAAUUUCCUGAUCAUCGAUACCAACUACGCUACGACGGCUGGGUGAUCCCUCGGCCACUACCCAAGCAUGAGUGGAUAGGAUCAGCUCAGGUGGAGAAGAUCAUAGGCAUCGAAAGCGAGACGAAGGGUGAGGCACUUAUCGGCCCUUACAGAAGCAUCGCCGAUACGAGGAUGGAGAUCUUCUUCGACGGCCGACUUUUGCGUCGUGGUUUUGCGAAGCAACUCGUAGUCAAAGAGGAGCCGGAACGGCACACUUUUGAAGAUGCCGGUGUCAGUAUUACCGAGGGAGGCUCGGGGCGCGAUAUUCUUGGAACCGCUUACAGGCCCUUGACGGUGCACGGCGUACCUAGUUGGCGUGAUAUAGCCCUGGCAAAGAGAGCAGAAYGCGAAUGUGAUGAAGAACGGGAUCGUGGAGAAGCACGGGAACGUGAAGCGGAACCGAAGCGUGUCGAACAACCCGUAUCGACUACCACUCCCGAUCCACGGCUUCGAACACAACCGAUGACGACGCGACCUGCCCCAGUUGCAGUCAUGGUGGCACCAAUUCCACAGCCUGAUGCAGCUGUGAGGGAACCCCUUCGUCGCAUCAGCACCGAUAUGGUCUCCGAAGUGGGCUCGGUGCAAACGCCCGCUCUGACAAACGACGAGUACAUUUCUCCCAGAGAAAUGGGACCAGAGACACCCCGCAGCCCCAUUGAACAGGUCUCCGGAUCGUUGARGCGGAAAGAGCCCAUGGAGCUUUUCGAUCGCUCUGCUAGAAUCUCCAGAGAACCUGCGGAGCUCAUACGGCACAGCCAAUCAAGAUCGACCUCAGCAGAAGACCAGCAUAAACGUCCACGCAUCUCCAGUGAUGAUCUGGAUCCUGUUGACAAAGCGCCGCGCGAACCUCGCCGGUUCAAAGAGUCCGGGGAGGCUUUCCGCAGGAGCCGCAGAGAGCACGAUAUCUAUAACGGGAGUGGAAGAUAUGAUGACCAGAGAAGGGGCACGUCGUAUCCUGCCUCCUCCUAUCAUUAUGAAGCUUAUGAGAGAUCGGGGCCUCCUCGUCGAAGAUCGCCGGAUUAUGGAAAUGGGAGCAGGAGGGAGAGGAGGUAA